CCUGCAACACUUCGUCAGUCUGUCAGAUUCCUCGUGACAGGCAACACUUCCUUCCCCUCGUGCGAUCAGCGAAGUUAAGCAACAGGGCGUGUGCUGAGUGUCUGGAUGGGUGACCGUCGCCCCGUCAGUAGAAUCUUGGGUAGUGUGAAGCCUAUACACCCUGCCAUGCCGCCCACGCCCACGCCCACGCCCUGCCUCCGUCGUCGUCUCGUCAACGCCACCAGGAGACUUGCUAAGGUGUUCCGCGCCCUUAUGUUCAGGAAGCAGGUGCCCGCCCCGCCCACGCCCUUCCCGCACCGCAACCACGCCCUCAUGUGGAGCUACGAGGAGGCACAAAACGCCCAUAACGCCCGCCUGGAGAGCCACUUUAAGGCAGCGGGCGGCUCUGUUCUCACACUGCCCUUCUGCUACGUGGAGUGGGCGGUGUGAGGGCGCCCGGCCACGCCCACCACACUCAUGAGUCUAACGCCACGCCCAUGUCCCAAUGAAGGGUUGUAAAGGCUGGAUUUGAUGGCCACUCUACGCCCAUCACGCCCACGAGUCAAUACCACGCCCAAAUCUCAAUAAAGGGUUAUAAUGGGUGGAUUUCAUGGCCACUUCACGCCCACAAGUCUAAAAAUCACGCCCAUGUCCCAAUGAAGGGUUGUAAAGGCUGGAUUUGAUGGCCACUCUACGCCCAUCACGCCCAUGAGUCAAUAUCACGCCCAUGUCUCAAUGAAGGGUUAAAAUGGGCUGGAUUUGAUGGCCACUCCACGCCCACAAGUCAAUACCACGCCUAAACACCAAUAAACGGUUGUAAUGGCCUGGAUUUCAAAGCACCUCCACGCCCACGCACGCCCAUGGGAGGCCUGCAGUGUGACGGUCUCCCCCAAGGCACGUGACGGUCCCUGGAGCCACUACUGUUUCCCUCACACGCCCCUGAAUGCACGACAGGUUGAAAUGACCUUGAGAUGUCACGUGUUACCUUCACUAUAUUAAUUUCACUAUAUUUACUAUUCUAAUUUCACCAUAGUCACCAUUUUGAGCUUAAUGGACUGACCGCCAAUGUCUCACUCUUGCUCUUGAUCUUGAAAGCGAGUCUGGGAAAGCUGUACUGAUAACAUGACAAUAAACAUUAAAGAUUU